UUUCUUGUUACUCAGUCGGUAGCCGGCAACUUGGAAGACCAUGACAGCGCGUGCUCGAAUGUUUUUAUAAAUUCAGUGCAGUGAAUUUCCUAAGGCAAUGAAAAUAGCUUUUUUUUUAUAAAAUAGAUAAUAAAGCGCAAGUGAGCACAUGAAUAAUUUCGAUAUAAAAAUACAAACAAAUAUGGUAGCUACAAUAGAAGCCCUCCUGUACAUGUGUGUGUACAAAUAAAUCCCGGGUCUCUCUUGUGUACAGAGAGCUUGGGCUUAAAUUUAUGCAGAUUAACAAACCAAAAUAGCAACAAUAGAAAUUCCGUACUAUAAACUAUUUACACUUGGAUCAGCUGCAGCUUUAUCAGCGCAAAGAAGAGCACCAGAGCACUUAGCUUUGCGUGCUCAGCUCUGCCUCUUCCAUUUGAUCUAUAGUUUCAUUUAUGUGUUAUGAUUUUUGUUAUUGUAAUAUAAAAAUGUUAACUCUCAGCUCGUUCCGCCUUUGGUGGCAACAUCAGUUGAAUCGCGACGGUCUACGUGAUUCUGUCACCUAUGUGCCCUGCAUAUACUUUAAGCGGUCUUUGAAACGGAAGGUUGCACCGGAUGAAGAGCAAGUGGCCGCGGACGAAAUGACUUACCAUAAAAAGCAGGCUUCCAAGGUGCCAUGGUAUUUUGCGCCACCCUUCUUAUUAUUCUGGCUUGCCCUCAUAUUUGCAGUGGUCAUACCGAUUUUCUUUUCUCUUCCCACUGGACUUACUAUCGAAAAUGAAGCAUCAAAUCGUGGUAAAUUCAUAGCUGAACGUGCCGAACGUAUAUUGGCAGAUUUCGAAAAGAUCGGACCGAAGGUGGUGGGAAGUCAUGCAAAUGAAAAUCACACCGUACAAUUUUUACUCGAUCAACUGGGGGCGAUAAAGAGUGUUAUGCGCGAUGACCUCUUCGACUUGGAGGUGGACUUGCAAGUUGUUUCGGGCGCAUAUAUUCACUGGACUAUGGUGAAUAUGUACCAGGGAGUACAAAAUGUUGUGGUACGUUUUCGAUCGAAAUCGUCGACUAGUGAAUCAUAUCUGCUAAUUAAUAGUCACUUCGAUUCCAAACCCGGUAGUCCAGCUGCUGGUGAUGACGGUACCAUGGUUGUAAUAAUGCUUGAGACUUUACGUGUGCUCGCCACCACUAGCCAAACCUUCAAACAUCCCAUUAUAUUUUUAUUUAAUGGUGCCGAAGAGAAUCCUCUGCAGGCCUCCCACGGUUUUAUUACACAGCACAAGUGGGCUACGAAUUGCAAGGCUGUUAUAAAUUUGGAUUCAGCGGGAAGCGGUAAUCGUGAGAUUUUGUUCCAGUCAGGACCUAAUCAUCCGUGGCUCAUGAAUAUCUACCGUACAAGUGUGAAACGUUCAUUUGCAUCAACAUUUGCAGAGGAAAUAUUCCAAUCUGGCAUUUUACCUUCGGACACUGAUUUCAGAAUAUUCAGCAAUUACGGCAAAUUACCAGGUCUGGAUAUAGCGCACUCCUAUAACGGUUAUGUGUACCACACGAAAUUCGAUCGCACGGAUGUCAUACCACGUGGCACCCUACAAACAACAGGCGACAAUAUAUUGGCUAUGGCUCGUACUUUUUCUAAUAGCACGGAGUUGAAGGAUCCUUCGCGUCAUGUAAACGGACAUACCGUCUUCUAUGAUUUCUUCGGUUAUUUUGUCGUCUACUAUACCGAGGCUACUGGCCGAAUUCUCAACACUUGCGUUGCUGUCGGUGCUGUCAUUCUCAUAAGCAUUUCCAUGUAUUUAAUGGCAGCCGAUUCCUUCGUUUCCAUCGGCUAUAUAUUGCGUCUAUUCCUUCUCAUUUUUGUGCUACAUUUACUGGGUUGGAUAUUGGCUUUCGCAUUACCUGCACUUAUGGCUACAAUUUUCGAUAGUGCCGAUCAAUCAUUAACAUGGUUUACUAGUAAAUGGCUUGUUCUCGGUCUAUAUGUUUGCCCAACGCUCUUGGGAUUAAGUACACCUACACUACUGUACCUGAGCAUAAGUCGUAAUGAUAAAGUAUCGCAACCUUACCGUCUACAACUAGUCGAUCAUGCGCAUACAUUGAUUUUAGCUGUAAUUUGUAUUGGCUUAACAUACGUGGGCAUACGUACCUCGUACUUCUUAAUGAUUCCACUACUCUUCCAUGCUAUUUCUAUGACAAUAAAUAUGUUGACGACGCUUGAUAAAAAAGCCUACUAUUGGUCCAUCUUUGUGAUCCUUGGUCAAAUUAUACCUUUCCUGUACUUCACCUACCUCUUCCAUGCGUUUUUGUGCACAUUGAUGCCGAUGAUGGGUCGUUUCGGCACCACCAGUAAUCCAGACUUGUACAUAAGCUUGCUGACUGCUUUGGGAACCAUGCUUUCUAUGGGAUAUUUGAUCCCACUGCUAAAUGUGUUUAACCGUCCCAAGUUGGUUUUCCUAAUUCUUCCCGUUGUAACCCUAGUUUUCGCGUUUAUCGCAAUGUCGCAGAUCGGAUUUCCCUAUCGACCAAAGACUAACGUGGAGCGAGUUAAUUUAAUGGAAGUGCAACGUGUAUUCUAUGAAUAUGACGGCUCUGUUAGCCGUAAUGAGUCUGGAUAUUACUUUGAUUUCCAAGACAGGCGUAAACAUCAGCCGCUUGAGGCUCGUGUUGAUAUCGAAGAUCUAUAUUACGUUGGAGACGACUGUGAUAAAUAUAUGAUGUGUGGUCUACCCAUUUUCAAUCAUCGCACCUACAAGUCGCGUCGACAAGCCGCUUGGCUGCCACGUGAAGUACCCGUCACGUUGCCAGGAAAACCCCGCCUCACUCUUCUCAAUAAAAAUGUCAGCCUUAGUUCCGAAAGUGUACGCUUCGAAUUCGAGCUAGAAGGUCCUUCACAUAUAAGCAUAUUUGUGCAACCUCUGGAAAAGGUUACAGUGAGUGGUUGGUCCUUUUUGUCAGAUUAUCUACGCAAUCAGCCACCCUUCCACGUUUACUUUUCUUCCGGAAAAAUUAAAACACCAUUGAACUUUUACAUCGACUUACAGAAAGAGAGCAGCGACUUUAAUGAACCGUUAAUGCAGUUGGGUAUCUCUGCGCAUUGGGUUAGUUUUGAGCACGAACGUGACGCGGAAACCCAAAAAUUCCUUGCAACAUUCCCACCUUAUAGUUAUGUUAUGGAAUGGCCCAGUUCUUAUGAACGUUAUAUAUUUUAAGUAUUUUGAUGUUAUUGUUUUGUA